CGGGAACUGGCGCGCCAGACCAUGGAAGUGAUCAACGGGCUGACCGCAAAAAUGGUCAACGCCGGUUUUCCCGAAAUUCGCUGCAGUCUUUGCAUCGGUGGAAUGGCAGUGAAAGAACAGACAGAACUUUUCCGCCGCCGGGGUAUCCACAUCCUUGUCGCGACGCCGGGUCGUUUGAUUGACCUCCUGGAGAAGAAAAUCUUCAACCUUGAGGUGUGCCGGUAUUUGGUUUUGGACGAAGCCGAUCGUAUGAUCGACAUGGGCUUCGAAGAGGAGGUUCGAACGAUCUUCUCCUAUUUUCGCUCGGCACUGGUUAAGCCAGUCACGGUGAAUGUGGGUCGUGCGGGCGCUGCCAGUCUGAACGUCUCACAGGAUGUCGUCUACGUGAAGCACGAGGCCAAGAUCCCGCAACUCCUCGAAGCCCUGCAGAAAACUCCACCGCCUGUAAUCAUCUUUGCUGAACGUAAGCAGGAUGUUGACAACAUCCAUGAAUAUCUACUGCUCAAGGCCGUCAGUCUUUUUAGAAGCAGACAGCGAGAUGUCCUUGUGGCAACCGAUGUCGCUAGCAAGGGUCUGGAUUUCCCCGAUAUACUCCAUGUCAUAAAUUAUGACAUGCCUGAGGACAUUGAGAACUACGAUGCGGGCACAUGUUUCAAAAAGAAGAACAUUUCUUGUGCUAAGUUGUAG